AGGAGGAAGAGGAGCUGCUGUAAGACAUUGGUGAUCUGACCGAUGGAGUCUUUCUCUGGAGACACAGAAGAGAGCGCAGAGGAAAUUCCAGGACGUAAAAAGUCCAGAAUCAAGUCUUUGAGAACUCGUCUCUUUGGGAAGAGUAAGAGAACCGGAGGAGAGGGAGACGCCAAACUCAGCCAGUCCGCCAGUGACAUCACAGCAGCAAAGGGACUCGGAUCAGAUGAAGAUUUGGCAUGCUCCCAGAGGAUGAUGGGAUCUCGGGCAUUGUCCCAUGACAGCAUCUUUCUGGCUGAUCAGGUCCUGACAGAAGCGGAACCAGCGAGGGUCUUAUCGCAGGAGAACGUCCACAGCAAGAUUAAAGCUCUGCAGAUGAAGCUUCAGCAGCAGAAUUUGCAUUUGGGGCCACCGCCGCUGGUUCUGCCAAUCAGACGUCCGGAGGAUGUGGGAAGCCGCUCAGAGGAUGACAGUCUUCCCCACAGCCCCCCUGAGAUGUCAGGAGCCCUCAACAAGACCAUAUCACAACCAUCGUCUCGUCCGCUCUCACCCAACCCCAAACCUGCACCUACCAAACCUGGACCGCCUCUUUUUGUCUCCUCCAAUUCCUCUUCUUCUUCUGCUGCUGAGCCCCCGCUGGACUUCAGCUCUCCAGCCCAGUUCACCCCAUGCCUGGAUACGUCUGCUGCACGUCAUCGGAUGUCUGUCAAACCCAGAAACCAGAGGGCCAGCACCAAGAGGACGCUUGCUGCAAAUGACUCCAACUUACAAACCCCAAACAACAUCAAUCACCCUGAGUCUGUGAGAAAAGAAGAGCAGCGGCUUGAUGCUCAAGAGGAGAUGACACUGGAAACAGAACAAGUGGAUGCCGUCACUCCUGAUACAUCUGAGCCUUCAAACUCCCAGGAGGCAGCAUCCAAAUCAUCCAGCCAUACAGUUUUCCAACAGGACCAAGCUCUUCCCGAGAAAGCAGCCUCCCAGGUGCUAAGAGUUAAGCCUCACAGAGCAGCAGAUUCAAUGUCCAGUGAGCGGCCACACUCAUCCUUCAUACAGACAGAACUGAAGGACAACAGAGACGGGGAUUUCGAGAUACAAAUAAUGUCCCAUUAUGACAAAAGAAAUACUCAAAACAAGGCUGAAGUCUCCUCUGAACAGCUGUCCACUCCAUCGCUUCACCAGCAGGUUCACGGUGAGACAGAAAGCACGAGAGGAAUAAAAAGACCCUCUCCAGGAUCUGGGUCCUUCCAUUUCUCCAUCAACACUGCCAAAAAAAGAGAUGGAGAAAGACCCCGAUCGGGCAGUUUUGUGGGGGUGGUAGAACAAACUGAAGCCAGGCACAAGACGGUCAGGGGAGCAGAGGAUAAAUCCUUUUCUGUGGGAAGAUUUAGACAAGAGGGAGCUCAACAGAAAAGCUCUGUUCAUCCUUGGGACAGGAGGGACAGCCUGAAAAAGAUGGAAUCAUUGACACCGUCUAAAACAGAUACAGGCACUGCAGAGGUGGAGAGCAGCCAAGAGGUGGUGGAGGAAGCAGUGGAGGCACAGGAGGUGGAGGAGGACGAAGGAAAGACAGCGUUUGGUGUCAAACUGCGUUCCACAACUCUGUCAAUGAGAUAUCGCUCUGAUACCUCUGCGAACCAGAACUCAAAGCCACCAGAGGAGCAAAAAAGACAAGAGAUAAGACCAACAGAUCCCGCCCCGUCUGGCUUCUCGCUGCCAGUCAAGCAUAACCCUCCAUCUACUGGUGACAUCAUGGCGACAGAAGUCCAAACAACCUCCUCAAACCUCAAAGAAAAUGUUGUUGCAGCGUCCCAGCAGCCUCAACAUCCCGCACAGCCACAGCCUGUCCCCCAGACGGCUUCAUCUGAGGUGUCCUGGAUGAGCUUGGCGAUGGAAAAGACCAGAAGCCUUCAUCAGCUUUUUAGCAGCAGAUUUCCCAGAGAUUUUUCAGGCGUGCAGGCGGCGGCUCGGCCACAAGCACAAGAGCAGACAGAGACGCUGCCUGCAGCACAAACACAGACUGUAAAAACACAACAAAGUGCAACAGAGCCUGCAAAUCAACCACUGACUGAUGCAGCUAAAGCACAAACGGCACAAAGUAGAAGUCAAGCACAGACUGUCAAACCAUCAGCAGUACAGCAGAGGAUGUCUCCUGUUCAGUCAAACAUCUUCAGAGAAGCACAAACAUUAAAACAAACCAGUGAUCAUCAGCCCACAUCUCAUCAGACCAACCCAUGGACAGCCCAGUCUCCCCUGCACUCCUCUUCACAGACAGAGACCGCUUCUCAGUCUGCACAAGGGAGUGUCACACAGUCUCUCGCACAGUCUUACCUUUCCUCGGGCCAGCAGCAACCCCCCUGGAGCAAUCGAGGUCUUCACCCCCUCAACCAGCUCAAAUCGACAACCUCAGCUUCUACCACCUCAUCAGCUACAGCUUCUCCUCCAGUUUCUACUCAAGGAAGAGGGGAAGGAGAAGCUGCCGUGCAGGAGAAAGAGGGCGCGUCCCAGUCAGGGAGACGGGCAGUUUGGGCCGGGUCAGUGAGCGAGAGGGCAGCUUUUUUGGAGAAACGGGCAGAGUGGAACCCUGCAACUGGAACCAAGGGGGUGGAAUUGAAAAAAGCUCAAACAGAGGUGCAGACAUCCGGUGAAUCCACUGCCUCGGUCAAACCCUUGACUCCGAGCAAAGAAGUUAAACCAGAGGGAAGACAAUGGGUCAAACCUGCAGAGUCAAGUCCCACUAAAGUCCCAGAGAGACCUCGUGAGGACAAAUGGCUGCGGAAAAAUGUGGCGCCAUCUUCAUCGCCCUCAUCGUCACCCACAAUGCCAUCAGUGUUGCAGUCCAUGUCUGACAGCGGCCAGCCGUCCUGGAUGGAGCUAGCAAAAAGAAAGUCGAUGGCGUGGAGCGACAAGUCUAUGGACUGAGAGCGAAAACAGACACAACUGUAUGAACAGACCUGCAGACAAAUUGUUAUGUUGAAUUGGAGUCAUAAAGGUGUUGAUUGAGCUCUGUUGAGGCUGUUGUGUUUGUGUUGUGAAUUUUAUUAAUUGUAUUAAUGCUAU